CAGGAAAGAGAGAUGUUGGGAGGGACUGCAGUGCGAAAUCUGCAGCAGAGUGAGAGCGGAAGCUGCUUAUGAAUGAGUGUCAGUCUUUCGGCUUUGCUAGAUGCUCCUGAGGACAUUUUACAUGAAUGGUGUCUGGCUGUGUGCUUUUCCGCUGCCGGGGAGACAAAGAUGCUUCAUUGCUGCUGGUUUUUAAGGAGACACUUUCUUUUUUUUUUCCCCCCGUUAUCUUUUUUUGGUUCUUUCAUUGACUCAUCUGCCUGAGAAACAUGUUGUUCAUACUGUGUUUUUUUGACUUGUGUCGUUCAUGCAGUUCAACCAGGGCAGAUUGUCGGCUAUUUUAGACAGGUUGUGAGAAUGUAUCUGCUUCCUAGUUGAAUAUUUGAUGCGUUUUGAUGCAGAAUGGUCACAGAGAAUUAGUAAUAUCAGGUAUGGUUGGAAAAAACAAUGGAAAUUUUUGCUUUAAUUCUAUUUUUCAUUUUUGUUGCUGAAACAACAAGGGUUUUUGCAUCUUUUAGUCCGAGACAAGCAGUAAUGUCUUCCCAUAUUCUGCAGCUGUUAUAAACCGACAUGAGCAAUACAUUAAUGAUGUUACGCAUUUUCAGCCAUGCUACAGUUUUCACUUUAUUGUUUUUCUUUCAAUGACUUCUAGAGGUGUCAAGAAAACAACUUCAUCUUAAAUAGAGUUGUAAUCAUUUAUUUAAAUACCUGUAUAUUUUCAGUAACAGGUACACUCAUCAUUGCUGUCAAUAGCACGAACAGUAGUUUUCGUUACUUAUUUAAAUGAAUUUAUUAUUAACUCUAUGACCAGUUCUGAUUAUGUACCAUGUAUCAUCCUUGCAUUGCUACUAAUCGAUUGAUUCUUUUUUUCACAUAUUAAUGGUGAAUAGCACGAAUUUAAGGAACUUCCUACGGACAAAUAUUUGACAGUUUUAAAUAAUCGAUCGCUACCUCUCAUUUCUCUUCAUUUCCUUUUCUCAGAAAAACAAAUGAGAUGGUAAGAAUUACAGAGAAUAAAUAUCAGACUGGGGAAUUUAAAAAUUGAUUGGUUCCAGUGUGCUGUAAGUGGGAGGUUUUUUCUCCCUCCAACAGGAAGUGAUUUGCAGUGCUCAGCAAGCCUUUUGUUGAGAAGGUUUUCUCAGAUCAGUGAGUCAUGCUUUAGCUCUGAGCCGACAGGCAGGCAGCAGUCAGCAGAGAGUAUUUGCUCUUCCCUCACAGUAUCCAUGAUCAUCGACAACAUAGACCCUUUUCUCUUCUCCUACUUUUUUUGAUUUUUGAGGCUAGAGAUCAGCAGCAGCAGAAGCAGCAGCAGCAGCAACAGCAACAGCAGCAGCAUCACCACUGGAAACCAAGCAAGCUGCACCACAACAUUGGCAGCCUUUUACAGACCUUUUGCCUCUCCAUCAUCCUCUUCCUCUUCUCCAAUGUUGUGUUCCCAUGGAUUGUGUCUGCAUAUUUCUCGCUGACGGAUCGGAUCGCAGCUCUGGAUUUGACUGAAAGCAGAUUGGACUUUGGCGACAGUAGCAGCAGCAGCAGCAGCAACAGCAGCAGCAGCAGCAGCAGCAGCAGCAGCAGCUCAACACAACCACCACUGUAACCUCAAAAGAGAAAAUUACAGUCAGGUGGCCUGUGAUUGCUAAAAGGCGUUUGCUGCCUGUACCGCUGCUGCUAUGUUACAGGAGAGGGUAAUCAGCACGGCUCAGCCACGUCUGCCAGCACACUUGUGAAAGAGGCAGACUGUGUGUGUGUCAGUUGGUGGAGAGAAGGGAGAGAGCUAGAGAGAGAAGGGUAUGCUUCACCGUACCAAAUACAACCGCUUCAGGAAUGAGUCAGUAACAUCCGUCGAUGAGCUUCUCCACGGCCUGUCCAUGAACCCCAAGGUCUCGGCCACCCCCCAAUCUGCAGCCGAGACGUCUUACACGCCCCCGACCGAGGUCCAGUCCUCCGCCACCACUGCUUCCAGCACCCCCACCGGCCACGGCUCUGACCACCUGGAAGAUGGAGGCACCACCCUCUGUACCCUCAUCAACAAGGUGUCCAACCUAAAAUUCAGCAACUCAGGCAGCUUGCUGGGCAUCAAGGGUUUGCCCUCAGCUGUCAAGGACCUGGCUGUGUCUAAGCUGCAGGGGGGUGGGGGAUCGGGCUCAGGCAGCUCCGGUGGCUCGGGCCCCGCUGUGGCGGCGGCGGCGGCGGCGGCGGCAGCCUCUGGUGUGGGCGGCACUCUGUGCAGCUCAGCCUCCCAUUCAACCCCCUGCUCGCAGCUGGAGCCGGCCAUCAGCAUGAGCAAGAAGAGCAGGCUGGAAGAGCUCCAGCCCAGCGGCGGAGAGGACUGGAAUCCAGGUGGAGGCAGCGGACUAGUGAGCAAACCCUCCAGAGGAUGGGUACAUUCCAGUGAGAAGAUCUCUGGUCCAGGAGUGACAUACGUUGUCAAGUAUCUGGGCUGUAUAGAAGUCCUUCGGUCUAUGAGAUCCCUGGACUUCAACACAAGGUCACAAAUAACAAGGGAAGCCAUCAGCCUGGUUUGCGAGGCCGUUCCAGGGACCAAAGGAGCUUUGCGGAAAAGAAAGCCUCCGUCCAAAGCUCUGUCCAGUAUCCUGGGAAAAAGCAACCUGCAGUUCGCUGGCAUGUCCAUCAACUUAAAUAUUUCCACCAGUAGCCUCAACUUGAUGACACCUGACUGCAAACAGAUCAUCGCCAACCAUCAUAUGCAGUCCAUUUCCUUUGCAUCAGGAGGAGACCCUGACACAACAGAUUAUGUCGCCUAUGUAGCAAAGGACCCCGUGAACAGAAGAGCGUGUCACAUCCUGGAGUGUUCCGACAGUCUGGCCCAGGACGUCAUCAGCACCAUCGGCCAGGCCUUUGACCUCCGCUUCCAGCAGUACCUGCAGUGUCCUUCAAGCAAGUUAUCCUCCUCACAUGACAGGGUAUUAAACAUGGAUGAGCUGCCGUGGACAGAGGAAGAGGAGGAGUCAUCAGAACAUCCUUAUUACAACAACAUCCCCGGGAAGAUGCCACCACCUGGAGGCUUCAUCGACACCCGACUGACCAAUCAGAACGCAGCAGAUGGAUGCCAGGUGGGUCCAGGUUCAGUGGAUCAGACCUAUUACCAGGGACGGCACUGUGGAGAAAACUGGGGAGAUGACAGAAAACCUGUUUUCAUACAACAGGGGUCCUUUGAUAUAAGCUGUGUACCAGAGAGUAAAGGUCAGGGACCAAAAAGCGCAGAGAUGCCCAUGUACGUGAACACUCAGCAGAUCGACGCCCAGGUGCUGGCGGUGCUCCAGGCAGAGGCGGAAAAUGUCACCAAGGGCAUGGCAGCAGCAGCCAAAGAGAGCCCGCAGAAGGACCUGUUCGACAUGAAACCCUUUGGGGAUGCCAUUCAGUCCCAGUCCCAUCCACCACCCCAGGGUCAACCCCCAUCCCAGACAGCCGGUCUUCACAAGGCAGCGUCGGUGGACAACUCCAGCCCUCUUCUUGUGCGCUCGCUGGCCUUACGGGCUCAGGAGGAGCUGGAGGGUCAGACGUGGUACCACGGCAAAAUGAGCCGCCGUGACGCUGAAAAACUGCUGAACGAAGACGGGGACUUCCUGGUCCGCAAGAGCACCACAAACCCAGGGUCUUAUGUACUGACAGGCAUGCACAAUGGACUUGCAAAACAUCUGCUGCUGGUGGACCCAGAGGGCACGGUACGGACAAAAGAUCAUGUAUUUGACAGCAUUAGCCACCUUAUUGGCCACCAUCGUGACAACAAUCUGCCCAUUGUGUCAGCUGGGAGUGAACUGUGUCUCCUGCAGCCUGUGGGAAGGAAACAGUGAUGCUUGCAAUGCCUGAUGGGAAACGGGAAGCUCCGAACAGUCUCUCCUACCAUCCUGAAACUUGAAGAUGAAACAUGAAGAGAAGACGCCUGUAAAGGCUCCAUGUGCUCAGUGUUUUGGAAGAAAUUGUGCCCACUGAUUUGUUUACCGGAGGCGCUGAAAGACGCAAGCAAGAGAUUUGUUAAAGAUAAAAUUAUUUAUAGAACUGUUAUUAUUUUGUUGUGAUGACUGAAAUGCUAUAUUUUUGAGAAGACAUAGGUGCAUUUGGACAUAAUAUCUUGAUUUGGUGUUUUAAACGAUUAAAAAAAAAAAGACAAUUGUUCUUGUAGUUUAGAUGAAGAGCGAGUCAGACCUCAAAGAGGUGAAAACAAGAGUAUUUUAGAAUAAAAACCUGAAAUUUUAGUUUUGUCUGUCAAGCACAACCAUAUUUCUACAGGUACUGCUGGCUAAGAGUUUGAGGAAACAAAAAAAAAAAAAACAGUUUGGACGAAUAAUGCUGUUUAUAUUCAAAUGAAAAUGUCCUUUAAUCUCACCAAUAGUGUGACAGUUAGUCACUAUAUGGAAUCUGCUUUUAUCGGGGAAUAGAACUGAAUGUGUUUUGCUUUGCAGUAGUCACAAAGCGUUGGGGUGCGAACAGACAUCCUUCAUAGUGCUGUCAAUGGCUUUAAAGGUAAACUUUUUUUUUUUCUAAAUCAAGUAUUUUCUUGUGUCACUGCAGUCGCAUGACUUAAAACCAACUGUUCUUGUGGACAUUGUACGUAGACCUUGAUACCCCUUUAUUUGAAAGAGGUGCUUGUGUAUGCUGACACUGUAAAAUAUUUAUGCUUUUCAAACAGUGAUUAUUUCUGAAUUGGUUUUUCCUCCGAAUUCUUCUACUUUUUUUUUUUUUUUUAUUUAUUUGAUUUUUUUUUUUAGGUGUGUAGUUAAUGAUUAGUUCAGGGCUUGAGUCAUGCAAUGAAUAGUCUCACAUUCUUAAUUAACAUUUCUGGCUUUGUUGUGGAUAAAAAAGAAGUUUAUUAUUACUAUUAUUGUUCUUAUGAUUUGAAUGAUCACAAAUGAAUAGCACAAUCAGAAAGUUAGAUCAGUUGGAUCAUCUGUGUCAGUUGUACCAAGACAAUUCACUAGUGUGUUUAUCCCAAGAGAAGGAACUAGACAAAUCAAGUUCACGCAACCUGUAUUCACUAUGGCAUGUUUCAGUUUUUGAUCCCUGUUAUUAAGCAAAACCGAUUUUAUUUCUCAGUGUGUGAAUAUCUCAUAUAGUGAGAGUAUUACUGCCAGAUUUCAUCAAAGAAAUGAUUCUUCCUUCCACAUAGAUAGAUAGAUAGAUAGAUAGAUAGAUAGAUAGAUAGAUAGAUAGAUAGAUAGAUAGAUAGAUAGAUAGAUAGAUAGAUCACAUAUUUAGUGAGAUAGGUCAAUAACAACACAAUUAUGGCUAAAUUAUAUACAACAACUACAUUAUAAACUGUACCAAUACAGUAAACACACUGACUUAUAUACAAUGACUAAA